GAAUUAUACAUGGUACUCCCAAUAUGGCGUCUGAGCUAGUUGACCCAGGUUCAAGUAACAUCUGAUCUAGAAGUGUGCCUAAACAUAUUGAUUUAAAAAUAUAUCUACCAGUCAGCGCCUUCAAUCUAACAUCAGUCUUGUUAUUCCGUCCUUUUCGAAUUAUCUAGAUUGGGUCCUGGGCUCUAUAAAAACUUGCCAAUCCGGCUGCUGACGUACCAAUUUUUUAAAAAACUUGAUUUGCAGGAGAGGUGUGUCGCUGGCUCAGUCCAGAGUUUAUUACCGUCGAGAAAACGACGGUGAGCCGCCUCGAAUCUAAAAAUUAAAAUAUACAGCAGCAAGAAGAGUGGGUCUGUAACCUUUGACCUGUGUCCUGAACGGUCGCCGCUCGAGCUGGAGAAGCACGGAGACAGAGACUCGAUCUGCCACAAUGGUGUCCUCCAAGAGGCUUGCAGAUGUUGGGUACAGAAUGUUCUCUGGAUCAAUGAUAUUACUGACAAUAUAUGGUGGUUAUCUGUGUAGUGCCCGUGCCUACCGCUACUUCCAGAGACAAAAGGCUUUAAAGGCAGCAGCUGAAGACCAAGUCAAUGAAAUGAUAAAGGACUAAUAGCAAUCUCUACAUCAGACUACAGAAGCAACUGUUGUGACAAAAAUGAAUGCUAUUUAAUAUUAUGUAACUACGAGAAUCAAGUUUUCCUAGUAGUCUUAAUCCUCCUCUUUAAUAGUUGCUUGAAAAUUUUCCAAUGGAUUGUAUGGUGUAACUUUGCCCACUCAUUUGAAUUUCUGGCUCCUCCAAACCAGAAAACUGAAUUUCAGCCUUGAUUUUUCACAUUUGAAAAGCAGUUUCCUUCAAUAGUCAGUUGCUUUUUUGACCCAGUAACCCAGGUAAUAGAGUUCAGAGUCAGGCUGGUGCAGAACAUGCAGGCAACCUUUCCACACACAGGAUUUGUAACAAUGGGUAGCAUCCUGCCUAUGAACCAGAGACUCUGGGUUCAAGUACUGCUCCAGGACCCAAAUGAUGAAGGAAGGUGUAUAGAUAACUGGGACAAACAUAGGCCCUGUUAUUGUUCUUGUGAAAACAUUGGCAUCGAUGCACAUACAAACUAAAUUUGCAUCAAGAAAUGUACAUUAGCAAAGUAUUGAUAUUGAAGCAAAUCAGUAACCAAGUCUUGUAAUUGACUUUGACUUUGAACAUUAAAAAUUCUCCUUUUAUUCUCA